GCAAGUAAUAAUUAGUGUGUCGGUGAUAAUUUGAUAAAUCAACAAGUGAUAACAAGGGAACCAAGAAAAACUAUUACGAUAACAGAUGAUUCACUGUUUCUAACCACACUGUCGAUGUGUUUUCAACACAUUUUUUGUGAAUCUGUUCAGUUAACGAUAUAAAAGUGUGGCCGAUAAUUUACAAGCUUUUGACGAUGGCGGAACGAGAUCGAGAGAGAAGGCGGCGAGAAAACGAAGAUCCAGGGGAGCUUCUGUACGAGAUAGACGAGAAAGGUCAACAAGUUGUAGUCAAGUCUGUGGAAUCAACAUCAAGUGCGUACCUUCGGUUUACAAACAGAACCUCGCGCGCAGUAGACGUGUGGUGGAGGGACUUUCGAGGCGCGAAAAGACACUAUAUAAGGUUAGAAGCAGGCGCAUAUUUCGACAUUAACUCCUUCAUCACCCAUCCGUGGGAAUUCACCGAUGUAGUAACUAAAGAAAGUUGUGUGAUAAACAAUAAGCCCAUAUUCAGACCACCGAGGAAUAUAGGUGGUAUGAUGUAUAGAACUAAUUGGAAUAUAACAAUAAGGGUAAGAUGCCUGCGAGACACUGCAUUGCUAGCUUUAGCACAACACCUACAAGACCCAGAGGCGGUAUAUGCCCUUGGUUUACCCCGAGUUUUAGCGGAUGAACUCCAGAAAUUAAUCUUAGUAUUCCACAGGCCACGGACGCCUCCGCAGCGUGAUUGACGACAGAUUAUCUUCACGAUUGUUGUGAUGAUCAUAUUCUUGUAUCUCACAUGGUGUUAUUUCCAUUACCUUGUUACCAAGGUAUUUGUCAAACUUUUCAAAUAGUUAGUCACAUUUCAGAUCAAGUGCAUAAGCAAUCUCAUAACAAACAUGGUGAACUAAUAUGACCAAUUUGUUUUGGUCUUUACAUUGUGCUAUCGAGGCUUUGAAUGAGUGUUGGAAUCAUUACCUAAUAAUAAUAAUAUUAUUAUUUAGUAUACAUUUUAAUAUAUUCUAGGCUUAUGUUAGUUAAUUAUAUUAUAAGUAAAUGCAUUUAUCAUAUUUUAUUGUUGCACCAACAAUCCUCUGUAACUGAAAGGUAUUUGGUGCAAACUGCAAAGAUCUUAAUUCUUAUGCUUAUAUUGUCUGUGAUAAGUAUUGUUUUGUUGCGAACAAAAUAUUUAUAGUUCUCUAUUGUCUAUUAAAACAAAUUUAUGAAUUAUAUUUGUUUAAGUAAUGUAAGGAACCAUUCAGCGGUGUAUAUACUUCACACUUGACUGUGUAUAAGGGCUGUUGCAAUAUUGAAGUAGAUACCUACUUACAUACUAUUAUAUUAACAUGCAAGCUUUAGACUGUCCAUAAAUGUUGCAACUUUCAUGGUACACACUAUUGAUUCUGGACAAUAUAAUCAAUAAUAUUACAACAAUGAUUCAAAAAAAAUUCAAAAUAUUUUUAUUCAAUUAAGUAAACUUUUACAAGUGCUUUUGAAUCGUCAAAAUAAUCUACCACUGGUUCGGAAUGCCGUUCCCACCGAGAAGAACCAGCAAGAAACUCGGCGGUUGCUCUUUUGAUGGACAGACAGCGGAUGCUUAACAAUAGGGGCCCAUUCGGGUUCAGAACCCAAAAUGAGCUGGUUAGCUCAUUUUGAACUGAUUAGUGAUUGUUUUUCUAGCUAGGUCGGUGGGUAACCACCCUAACUUUUAAAUAGGAAGUCUUAUGAUGAAGAGGCAUUUAUUUUACCCUGAUUUUGAAAAUCAAACAUUCAAUGUUUAUUGUAUUACUGUACUUAGUACCUAAAUUACAUAUAAAUUACUGUACAUAAUAUACUAUAUAUAUAAUGUAAUUGUAUAUAAGUCUAAAGUAUAAUAGGUAUACUAGUAGUGCUUCAUAUAAAAUAUCUAAUUUUAUACUUACUGAUAAAAGUGAUAAUUAUAUUUAAGUACACUUCAAAUGUAAAGGAGCAAGAUAGUUUUUCAUUGUUUCUAUUCCAUUUACCUAUUAACUACAUAAGUAAGUAAGUAAAAUGUAAGUAAUAUUAAGUGAUCACAGUCAAGGGCUAGCUUGUAAUUGAAUGAAAACAAAUAAGUACUUAGGUACCUACUGUUAU